ACAAUUAUAUUUGUACUCAGGAUUUUUAAUCUGACAAAAUUUAAUUCGAAUUUGAAUUCCAAAUUUAAUUUCUCACACGAUGGCCAUGUGCAGUCGUACGCGUUGGGGUCGCAUUGAUCCCCGAUUAGAGGUGCAACUAGUGCAAGGUCCUGGCCAACAGGUGCUCAAGCUGGAUCAUGCCACACUGCCUCGCUGCGUGCGCCAGCAGCUGCUGAUGAUGGCCUCGCCCUCGCCGUUUCUUAAUUUUGUAAACAAAUUUCGGUUGGACGAGAUCUUAAUUAAUCAUCAGCUCAAGGGCGUCUAUACAAUGCGCACCUCGGCUUUGUUAGCCCAGGUGGCCAGUCAUGCGUGGCAUGCAAUGAACUCAACCGAUCGCAAACCUUAUGUAAAACUAGCGCAGGCAGCCCAGAGCAUACAGCACGCACGCCUGAGGCAUUUUCUGGGCACACCCUAGUCUAUCAGUAUUGGGCAUUAUGGCCAGCAGCUACAUAGCUUCAAUUGUUGCUCUUGUUUGUUUCUCCUUUUUAUUAUAACUCUUUGGGGCUUAACUAAAAAGCACAUUAAAAUACUAAAGAUGCGUUUCUCA